AUGGGGACCGGAGAGAAGAAGAUAGCGAUGCUCCGAGGUGGCUCCUCGGCGGCUGCCCGUGCCUUCCGCAAUGGCAUUAAUAACUGCAGUUAUUCGCGGCUUUCACGGUACUCUCUGCCGUCUUACUCCACCGUCGCCGGCGCCGGCGCGAGCCAUGAAAAGGCUUCCUCUGAAGUUGAUUCCGGUGAGCUAGAGUUGCAAACAGAGGUCUCGCCACACUUGCGAACUGGAUUAGACGGGGAAGCUCUUUUGGCCUUUUUAGCAAUAGAGCUGGCAUUGGAUUCUGUGGUGAAGAUGUUCACUGUUACAAGUAGCCCUAACUAUCAUCUCCCAUGGCAGAACAAGUCACAGCGCGAGACGAUGGACUCUGGCUUUGUUAUAUCCGGGAAGAGAAUCCUCACAAAUGCUCCUGUGGUGGCCAAUCUCACAGUUCCUUUCAGGGAGCAAAUUACGUUUGAUAAUUUAGUUUCCAUGAAGAAACCAAAUGAGAGCUCUGCACUUAAGGUGUUAAGGAAUGGUGAAGAGCAUGGGUUCAAUGUGGUCCUUACACCAAUCUUCAAUAACCAAAAUGGUAUUGCUGUCAUUGACUUGUCAGAAAAGGAAAAAUUACCUAAUAGGAAAGGGAAGGAGAAAAGUCAGGACGAGUAG